AUGUCCAUAGUAAUAAUUCAAGUCACCGCCAAAGUCUUUUCCGUCGGUAGUGUCCCAGAUAGUGUAAAACGAAGCAGCUUUACAAGGUUUUAUGAUAAGACACUUGGUACUAUUCAAGCCUGCGUUGACAAUCUCCAAAAGCCUGGCGACGAAUGUGUCAUUCAACCUGGUCGUUACCACGAGAACGUGACGAUCAUGAACAAACAUGGCACCAAAGAGGAUCCCAUAAUUAUUCGCGGCGACCCAAGUGGUACUACUACAGUGGAUGGCACUAUACCGCUGAACCCUACGAAAUGGGAGAAAUUUGCCAAAGGUGCCUAUAAAACGGUCUUAAAACAGGAUAUCUGGCAGCUGUUUAUUGAUGGCGAAAUGAUGACAAACGCCCGCUGGCCGAACGCCCUGUGGUCUGAUAAAACUAUCUUUGACAGUCAGAACUGGGCGCAUUCUUCGACGCAAUCCUCUCGCGGGCUCAUGAUAGACGGAGGAGGAAGUCACAAGCUGGCUGAGAGUGGCUUGGACGCAACUGGCGCAAUGGCCGUGUUGAAUGUUGGGAGUUUCUGCACUUUUACAAGACGAGUAUUAAAGCACCAGAUAGGUAAAUUCUUACCAGGCUCCGGGCACUUUGAAACGAGAGGGAUACUAAGCCCGCAAAGACUUCUGGGACCUUUACUAGGGACAGGGGAAAAAAUUGGCCAAUAGCUGACCGGCGCAUCCCCAGUAAAGAUCCAAAAACAAAUUGCGGGACGCGUUUCGACUGCAGUUCUCUUCAGUACCUUUCUUAACUGGCAAGUGUAGUAUUAGUCUUCCUCGCAGCCGUUUUUUGGAUGUCACGCAACGCUCCCCAGCGUUGGGGGAGCGUUGCGUGACAUCCAAAAAACGGCUGCGACGGAGACUAGUGUAGUAUGGGAAGUGAAUGAAAGCUAGAAGCUUGCAAUAUUUGAGUCUGUGAAUGAUUUCUCAGUGAAAAGAUUGAUGUCAUCAAUUUUUUUCGUACUUCUGUUUAUCGCUUUUAUUUGUAUUUCUGCAAAUAGAUGACAAUUAAACUGAUUAAUUGUACUCAGUAGGAAUUGAAUCUAUACGAUGACAAAAGCAAUUUAAUCAGACAAGUUCAUGUGGCAAUAUCCACUAAAAUUGUUCGCUUUUGGUGUUUUUCUUUUACUUCAGGUGGUGACAGAUUUACAUACAGGGAUGACCUUGGCGCUAAGUUGAAUUUCAAACCUAAAAACUGUAUAUAUUUUUUGGAAGAUAAGCUCGAGUUUCUUGAUAACCCAGGAGAGUGGUUUUACGACAAAACAAGUAGAACCCUCUACGUCAUGACACCAGAUGGAGGCUCACCCGAGGGACGUGACGUCAGAGGAAAGGUACUAAAGCAUUUGCAUUUCUGCAUAGUGAUAUGGUAUACUCUGAACUAGUACCCAGACUUCACUCGUGUCUCCCUCCAGCUCUCGCGGUGUUUGAAUUGUGAAGAUCUACGCACGCUUUAAAACAUACUUACAUGGAAUAGAAAGACUAUGGGUGGUUGUCUCAUUCCUGUGGACAGUGUCCACCCUCCUGUGAAGAAAACUGCCGUAAGGUAGCACCUGAACGUCCUAAGCAGACCUCUUCGACCUCUUCGGGUGAAGUAUUUUAAUUUCCUUAUUCAGACCACGUGAUGUUCUUAAAAGUACCCUGUCUUUUUUCAUAAAUUACGCAUGCAUAUUACCGUGGGCAGGACGACAUUUGAAAGAAACUGUUCUUAGGGGUAACAUAACAUGGUCUGAAACGGGAAAACAAAACAUACAAGCUAAAAAUGUCUAUUUGCCAGUAGUCAGCGUCUUUAAGGUUACGUUCACACUAUACGUCAUAGUUUUUGCGCCAGCACGAAAACCAUAAUCGGAUAGUUGUUCAUAUUAUGCCAGAUAGCUUUACGUGUCAACACGUAAGGCAAUCCAGUAUAGCCUAAACAUAGCCUAAUUCUUUUAUUACUUCACAAAGGUCCAGUCUUUUGCGUUCGUCAUCACCAGCAGCAGUCACGUGAUCAUCAAAGAUAUGACGUUCUUUGCGACGACAUUACAGGCCAUCUCCUUCACCAGAAAAAACUUCGUCAACAACCUAACGCUUCAUUCCUUGAACUUUCGCUUCCCGUCAUACAGUCGGCGCAUGCUACAAGACAGCUCGCCUCCUAAGUGGACGAAGGUGUUCGUCAGUAACACUGGUACCUCCAGGAUAAUAAACAACACUUUUUAUGGCACAGAUGGAAUGGCGCUGGAGUAUAACGGUGUGGAUAACCUGGUGGAAAAUAACUUAUUUGAGUUCAAUGACUGGACUGGAAAUAACAUGGAUGUAGCCACUGGAGGUAACCCAUCGCGUUUUAAUACAAUUAGAUCAACCUGUCGUCUGUGUUCUGUGGUGGGUUUCGUGCCCGGAGGAAGGGGGUUCUCUUGGUAAUUCUUGCUGUAGGUGUGCCACCCGGUUCUCGAAAUCCUGACCCUAUUUCAGACCAAAAAUGUCAUUUUCCAAAACAUUUCUCAAACCUAGCCUCUUAAAUAAAUAUCCGAUUUUUGUCUUCAUAGACAGAAAUUACGUCAUUAUGUACUUAGAUUAGAAUUACGCCAACAAAGAAGAUUUCUUAAAAUCCAUUUCGAGUUCUCAUAAUGCUCUUUCUUUCUUAUUCAUUUGGAAUUGAAACGACAAAUACGCUCAUAUACUCCCGUAGUUCCCUCGAAAGCCAUACCCGUUUCCAGACCACAAUAGACAAAGUCUACACCCGUUUUCACAACAAAACGGCGCAAAAAGCAUACCCUUCGGGGAGGCACAUAGCUAUAUGGCUUAUGUAAGGGAGUAUUCCCCUGGGGGUCUUGUGGGUCUUGUGGUAUCUUAGGCGGUAUUCAGUGACCCGCAGUUCUAGUUAGACCAAAAACUACGCCCUCGGAGCCAUGAGAGGUACUUUGCUUUAGCUAGUGAGCGCCACAACUACCUCCCCAGUCUUACCUCGAAGUCUGUCUUAAUCCUAGAUCUUUAAACGGGUAGAGGAAGAGGGUUAACAUUGCUAGUUAAUCAACAAAUGGUUAGACAUUCCACGUGUAAGAACCAUUAAGGACGUAAACUGAUCGCUCAGGGAUUGGUCAGAGAGACCUUAGUCCGAGUUCAAUCUCAUUAGGGAGCUUUAGCGAAAACGUCACUAUUAAGAAGAUUUCGCUUUUUUUCAAACUUUUUUCGCGAUUAUUCCGAGUCGCCUGUCGUCAUGCAUCCUGUCUUUACGUCCGCUAUAUAUAGUCACUUGAAAAAAACUCACCUUGAGGUCGUGCAGUGACGGGUAUGCUUAUUCGUCAAUUACUUUGAAAGUUCUCGUUGCCGUCGCCGUUGUCGUUUCUAAGGCUUAGAAGAUCAUAAAGCGCAUGAUCGUCCUCGAAAUCAGGUGACCAGUGAUAGAAGGUCCAAAUGAGCGAGAUUGCGAUCUUUGCAUUCCAUUCAUUUUUAGUACACCUCCAAACGAACACUGGCUACAUGCUUGCCGUGCAUGCGUAUUAGCACUCCGGCGAUAAGGAUUGUAGACUCUUCGAGUCGCUCUUAACAAUGUUACCCUAUCACCCUAGGUGCAGGAACCGUGGUGUCCCAAAGUAAGGGAGACAACUUCAUCAGAAACACCUUGCGUUUCAAUGGCGCGAGUGUAGGAUACCGCGCGGGUUUUGCCUCUGUGGCCAAGCUGAAUGACAUUAGUCGACAGUGCUGGGGUAUGCUGCAACAUGACGGCGCUGGAAUACAGGUGAUGAGAAAACGUCAAACAAAUAUCAUAUUACAGCAGAACUGGAUUCAUUACAGUCCUAAAUACGGGCUGCGCUUUGACGGGGCACCGCCCAAGACGGGAGAAAAGGGAACAAUGAAACAGAAUGUGGUCUGGAGAACAAAUGGACUGAUGGUGAAAGGAUAUAAACACAUGGUCGACCAUAACUUGGUUUUCCAUAAGUUUGAUAAGGACGGGGAUCAUGAUGGCAGCGAGAAGUGUACCCUCUGUGUUUUAAAGUAAGUUUUGUUUCGAAUUAUUGUAGAGGAGAAUCUCAUAACAGACACCUCUAUAAAGAAAACUCUUGCCUAAGAAAACAACAGACAUUUUGCGACUCCACCAGUAGUUUUCCCGCGAAAUAACGCCUAAGGGAGAAAAUAAGAAGGGGCGGAAGAGCCCUAGGGAAAGCCCUGGGGACGAGGUUGUCCCCAGAGGAGAGGAGCGUGGGCUCAGUUCCCGAACAGCGACGGGUAAUAGAGGGCGCUUUCCAUUUAGGAAAAAAACCCGGAAAUUUCGGUGGGAGCAAAAGUGGAAUUUCCGAUUGGUAAAAAGUUGUUCCAUUUGGUCGUAAACUCCGGUACGUCGCGGUGCCCGACGGUGGACCUGGAACUGGUACAAACUACGAGAAACGUAAAUGGAACACGACAUUCCGUUCGGAAAUUCCAACCGGGGAAACGGGACCACCUUUUUAGAUUUUCCACUUUUUCUGGGAAUUUUCCAGUGGGAUGAACCGACGAAACGUGUUCCAUUUACCGCCGAACGGGAAAUUCCGGAAAUUUUGACUAAAUGGAAAGCGCCCAGAGCCUACGGACUUGGAAAACUUUGCAUACCUCUGGAAAAUUCCUCAAAGCAAAUAAAAAUGCGUGCCUUCAACGACACGUGUUCAUUGUGGUUAACUAAAAACAAUUGUAGGCCAAUGACCUACGGGCCUAUAUGCCGGUUAUGCCCAGUCCCUGGGAGUCAAUAUUCCUUUCUAGGGAGUUUAAGCAUAGACGGUUUUGAGAAACACAAGUCAACCGGAAGUGGACUUUUUGCAAAAUUCGGCAGUGGUUUCGCCUAAAUUGGUGGGCAAGUCGUCUCUAAAACUACAAAGACACUACGCAUUACGAAUGUGGUAGUGUCAAGAUAAAUACCGUAUUUAUUCGAAUAAGCGCUCAACCUCGAAUUAGCGCCCACCUCGAAUAAGCGCCCACCCCCUCCUCCUCCCAAUCAAACUCAAAUAAUCGCUCACCCCCACUCCACCCACCCGAGUGAAUAAAUUCUAGUAAGAGACUUCCCCGAGGACGGAGUUUUCUUCAGAGUAUUUUACAGAAACCUUGAUUGUUACUUUUUCGCGUUUUGUUAUUAGCAUUUAUUGUUUUGUUGCAAAAUAAACAUUCUUCACUUGCUGAAAAUGGUAAAAAUUUCAUAAGCGCCUAGCCUCGAAUAAGCGUCUACUCUCAAGGUCCAAAAAUUUAAUAAUCGCCCAGGGCGGUUAAUCGAAUAAAUACGGCAAAAGGGGAAAACGCUUCACUUCCGGUUGACCUGCAUCACUCAAAAACGACUUUGCUUAAAUUCCCUUCUUUCACACCUGUCAAACACGGAUCAAUUUAGGCUUCUGGGAAACUGCCCACCUACCCCUCCCCUAAACUAACAUUUUGCCCUAGAUAAGAAGUAAGUGUUAAUAGGGAGCUUAAGCAGCAGCGUUUUUGAGCGACGGACGUCAACCGGAAGUGGACUUUUUGCAUCACUGGGGAAUGGUUUGGUUGAAACUCUCAGGUAAAUCGUCUUUAAAAGAGAAAAGAAACUCAGCAAUACAAGUUUGUUAGCGUCAAGGCAUAUAAAAAGGGAGAACGGCUCACUUCCGGUUGACGUGCGUGGCUCAAAAACGUCUUUGCUUAAGGUCCCUAAUGUUAGCUUUAGGGAGGGGUGGGUCUGCAGUUUCCCAGAAUCAUACAUUGAUCCUCAAACACAAGUACAGUGUAGAUAUUCUUGGAAAUUUGUCAUUUUUCAGAUACGUGAGAGAAAACCCCGUUGAAGUCAAUCAGAACACAGCUGUCGUGUACAACGCCGCCGACGUUGCAAACGGCGGUGAACACGGAGGUGUGCUUUACGACAUGAAUGGUAUCCUCACGGGCAAUGUUAUUGGAGACAUACGACAGCAACUAAUGGAUGCGGACAACAUGGACUUUAGACCAAAGCAGGGCUCAUUGUACAUCAACGAUAACGUGGGACCUUACAGUUUUGAGGAGACAAAAACUAAGUACUGGAUUCCUGGAAGAAAGCUGUAUAAGGUAAUUGGAGGCGUUUAAUUGUAGCCAGUCGUUUCAGGGGCACCCAACGAGAAUAUAGUUCAAAACCUCUUACACAUAGAGCGGUUUUCACUUGACUGUCGUAAAACCAAAACCAAAGUAAAUACACUAGCCAACCAAAGGGCUUAGUAAAACCAAAACCAAAACCAAAACCAAUCCCUUUCGACAGUCAAGUGAAGAGGUAGGCAAGCAAGAAAUUUAACAACAAAUUCUGAUCUCAAAUCGUCUUCCGAACAGGUAUUUUCCAAAAAUUGUCGUUGGGUGCCCCUGGUCGUUUCGCCCGACAGCGAUUCUCCCGAUAACAAACAACACUCAAGAGACUACAACUCGGCCUAUCAGAGAUGUCUUUGAGUUAAGCUUGAAUUCGAUCCACUCCUGACUGCUGUAAAAAGGUCCAGCGAUCUAAAUCGGCGAUCUUAGUGAUCUCGAUAAUCAUAUUCAAAAUACUUAAUGAAUGUGUAUAAAGCUGAUUUCCACAGGUACCUUAGCGAUCUCCAGCAACGAUCCACUACGUUGAUGUUUGAGUGUAAAGUUCUCACUGUAAAAAGCCGUGGACUCACAUGUGCCGCCACUGUCUUUCAUUUUGUUCCUUUUCUUCAGGUUUAAAGAACUACAAAUAAACAUCGGGCAAAUGGACUUAAGCCCGGGCGAAUCGACUUUCGGGUGAAACGACACGUUCCGCAGUACAUAAGUCAAUACGAGCCUGUCGGUAGCCCUGUUAUGGUAGUAUCACAUCUUAAAAAAGGUUAAUUUAGGUUUUCAACUAGCCGGUCGGCGAUACAUCUCCAAUCAAAGGCUACUCUCCUCAUUUUAACCUGCUCUUUUUUCAUAUUUAUUGACUCAAAAGUUACGGAACACACUCUGUGGAGGAAAAGUCUACAUUCUGGAGCGGCUAGCAAGCAAAAAUUAUACCUCCUUGAGCUUUUACCAGGCGAAGUCCGCUGCAUUUAAGCUAUGGGCUCGCCGCUUUCCAUUUCUGAUAUGCCGCACAAGAAUUCAGAUAUGCGCUUUUCACUUUACGCUGGACGUUUUAAUGGAACUGUUCGUUUUUCAAUAUCUCCAAUUUCCAUUCAGUUUUUACUACGGUUUCUCAGGACUUCAGUAAGAGUUAAAAAUAGACUAAAAUCUUGUUGUUUUUAAGGCCAGUAACCCGGUCCCGCCAAACAAAGCUCCUGGGGUAAAAGCAGCUGCCCGAGAUGCGCUGAUGUGGCUGAACAGUUUUGAGGGAAUGAUUCAUGAAGUCUACCUUGGUUCUACUCCAAAUGACUUGAAAAAGAUAGGAAUAACCAUGGACGAAGACAACGUAAUGAAACUUACAGCUCCUUUGGAAGACGGUCGGCAGUACUUCUGGAGAGUAGAUGCAGUUAUCAACAAAGAGGUUACUUACAAGGGUGAUGUAUGGUCCUUCAUGACCAUGCCGGCUUCACUUGGGCAAAAUGGCAUGCUGUAG